UAUACACUAUAAAUCCCAGGAUACCUUGCGCACCAGUUCUCGCGAGAACCACCAGGAGCGCCAGGCCCCGCCCCUCGAGGUGCUUCCGCCUCUCUGUGGAGGCGGCUUGUUGUUGUGCAGGCCAAGAUGGCGGCACAGGCGGCGGCGGCGGCGGCGCAGGCAGCGGCGGCGGCGCAGGCGGCCGCGGCUCAGGCGGCGCAGGCCGAGGCGGCGGAGUCGUGGUAUCUGGCUCUCCUGGGUUUCGCCGAGCACUUCCGCACGUCCAGUCCACCCAAGAUCCGCCUGUGCGUUCACUGCCUGCAGGCCGUGUUUCCCUUCAAGCCGCCUCAGCGAAUCGAGGCCCGUACGCACCUGCAGCUCGGCUCGGUGCUUUACCACCACACGAAGAACAGCGAGCAGGCGCGCAGCCAUUUGGAGAAAGCGUGGUUGAUAUCACAGCAAAUCCCACAGUUUGAAGAUGUUAAAUUUGAGGCAGCAAGCCUGUUGUCAGAGCUAUAUUGUCAAGAGAACUCUGUGGAUGCAGCGAAGCCGCUGCUGCGGAAAGCCAUCCAGAUCUCACAGCAGACGCCAUACUGGCACUGCCGCCUGCUCUUCCAGCUUGCCCAACUGCACACACUGGAGAAGGACCUGGUAUCAGCCUGUGACCUCCUGGGCGUGGGGGCUGAGUAUGCCCGAGUGGUGGGAUCUGAAUAUACACGGGCACUGUUCCUGCUCAGCAAAGGGAUGUUGCUGCUGAUGGAGCGCAAACUGCAAGAGGUACACCCACUGCUCACGCUCUGCGGGCAAAUUGUGGAGAACUGGCAAGGCAACCCCAUCCAGAAGGAGUCAUUGCGUGUCUUCUUCCUGGUGCUGCAGGUGACCCACUACCUAGAUGCUGGGCAGGUGAAGAGUGUCAAGCCAUGCCUGAAGCAGCUGCAGCAGUGCAUUCAGACCAUCUCCACGCUACACGACGAUGAGAUCCUGCCCAGCAAUCCUGCUGACCUCUUCCACUGGCUGCCCAAGGAGCACAUGUGCGUGCUCGUCUACCUGGUCACAGUGAUGCAUUCAAUGCAGGCUGGCUACCUGGAGAAGGCACAGAAGUACACAGACAAGGCACUCAUGCAGUUGGAAAAGCUCAAGAUGCUGGACUGCAGCCCCAUCCUGUCAUCCUUCCAAGUGAUCCUCCUGGAGCAUAUCAUCAUGUGCCGGCUCGUCACAGGCCACAAGGCCACUGCACUACAGGAGAUCUCCCAGGUCUGCCAGCUAUGCCAACAGUCCCCUCGGCUCUUCUCCAACCAUGCUGCCCAGUUGCACACACUGCUGGGCCUGUACUGUGUUUCCGUGAACUGCAUGGACAAUGCUGAAGCCCAAUUCACCACAGCCCUGCGGCUCACCAACCACCAGGAGCUAUGGGCCUUCAUUGUGACCAACCUUGCGAGUGUGUAUAUACGGGAAGGAAAUAGACACCAAGAGGUACUAUACAGUUUGCUUGAGAGGAUAAACCCAGACCACAGCUUCCCAGUCAGCUCACACUGCCUCCGAGCGGCAGCCUUUUAUGUGCGGGGGCUCUUCUCCUUCUUCCAGGGCCGCUACAAUGAAGCCAAGCGAUUUCUACGAGAAACUCUAAAGAUGUCAAAUGCAGAGGACCUGAACCGCCUCACAGCCUGUUCACUCGUGCUGCUGGGCCACAUCUUCUAUGUGCUGGGGAAUCACAGGGAGAGUAACAACAUGGUGGUGCCUGCCAUGCAGCUGGCCAGCAAGAUCCCAGACAUGUCUGUGCAACUGUGGUCAUCGGCCCUCCUCAGAGAUCUAAACAAGGCAUGUGGGAAUGCCAUGGACGCCCAUGAGGCUGCACAGAUGCACCAGAACUUCUCACAGCAGCUGCUGCAGGACCACAUUGAGGCCUGCAGCCUCCCAGAGCACAACCUCAUUACGUGGACAGAUGGCCCACCCCCUGUGCAGUUCCAAGCUCAGAAUGGACCCAACACCAGCCUGGCCAGCCUUCUGUGAGGCCCCUAUGGCCUUUGUCCCCAACUUGGACCCAACACUGGAGCUUUCUGGGAACAAAACCACCAGGGUGUCCACCAACCCCUCACCAUUGUCCGGAGCUGAGUACCAGUAGUGCUGGAGUCAUCAUCUGCCUCUGAGGGUGACAGCCAGUCCUGCCUGUACCAGGACUCAGUGCCGUCUGUUGGAGAGGACUGAUGACCUAAUCUGAGUUUGAGUCUCAUGUGUGAGGAAUAGGAUGACAAUCUGUGUGCGGGGGCAUCAUCAGACUGCUCAACCAAACCUUGGUGCCGACUACCUAAGUACAACUGCACAGAGCAGCCCAGGGCAAGCUGAGGGGAGAGCAGCAGCCCUCACUUUCCUCAUCCUGCUGUUCUUCCAGCGUCCCUGCACUCAGGGACUUCUGAGGACCUGGAAGUCAGCCUCUCAACCUGACUGUUCCUGGAAGGUGACUCUAGUGCAGGGGCGGAGCUUGGGACAGGAUGUGCAUGUGCAGUUGAUGCAACUGAGACCUUGUGUCCCCACCAUGCCCUCAGCAAGCUCCUUGCUUCUAUUCAGCAGCCACCUCUUGGCUCUGCCUGGGCACUAGGCAGAAGUCCCACUGGACCUGGACGAAGGAGCUUCCUUCCGGCAGCUGUGUGGCCUUCCCAUGGAGGACAGUCAUGGGACCAGCUUCGCUCCUCCUCCUAGCUUGAGGGCUGCACCAAGGUGACACAGUGAUGUCAAGGGACAAUGGUUCCUGCCAGCUUGUAGUACCUAGGCAGGUGUUCUCUUUGGUGGUGAAGGUGGUGCUUGGGAGCUGUCACCCAGGUACCGUGAAGGCCACUUGUCAGAGCUUUGGAAUCCAUGACUGAAGGGACAAGGCUCCAAGGCCUUGGUGUACAUCCUCACUGAGCCAUGUGGCAGCCACUGCCCGUGGCCAGGUGCUCCCUACCUUUUUGUCUUCCUCCAGCCCUUUGGGUCCCAGGGACCCCCUCAGUGUCUUCAUCACGGUCCUGCCUAUUUAUUUAAGCUUUUUUUUUUUUUUUUUUUUUUUUUUUUGCUUCUAGGGCAUUUUGUACAUAGAGCAAUUCAAACAAGAACCUCGCAACUUGACAUCUGUCCUGAUGUUAGAGUGCUUUUAGUGACCAUGUCUCAGGCAUGUGACAGCUAAGGAUGGGGUCAUGACAAACUCCAUGAUCGAUGUUGAGGUUCCACUGAAGUGAAACCUCCAUGAUCCCAGUGCAGUCUCCACAGUGUCCAGUAACUAAAGAUUGAGAGAAAACCCAAAAGGGUCAGCACACACAGCUCUUAUGUCCCAGCAAGUGCCAAGAGCCGGACACAAGCUACCCGGGAAACCAGGCUGGGGUGUAGCCCUAGAUAUGGCUGUCACCCCUUGAGCUACAGGUGACACUGUCGAAUGAAGGAAGGCAUGUCAUGAGUGAGGAGAAAGUUUUUUAAUAUGAUGGUGUUGCCUGGUUUUAGCAGCCUGUGUUUUUAAUGAAGAACUUAAUAAUUUUAAGUGGAGAGCUGUGAGAAGAAGUCUGCCUGUAUUUGCUACAUGGCCACCACUCCCCAAGCCUUUGCAUUUUCUCACCCUCCAGCCCUCCCAGCAGUCACUCUCCUGUGGACUGCAGCCCCUUUCUGAACUCAGCCUAGUGGAAAACUGGUCCACAGCCCCUCUUGUGUUUGGUCUCGGGUGGUUGGUUGGUUAGUUUCAUUGUUUGUGCUUGUUUUGAGGACUCUGCAGUGGAGCAGUGGCCGCCUGAAGAACUUAGUUCUCUUGUGUCAGCUUCCCAAGUGCUGGGAUUCAAGGCAGAUUCCACCAUGCCUGGCUCUUUUAGUUUGGCUUUGGGGUUUUGAUCAAAAGGGGCAGUGUUCAGAGCUUUUUUUUUCCUUUGAGACAGAAUCUCUUCUUUAUGAAUGACCCUGAACUCUGAUUCUCCUGCCUCCACUAACCUAGUACUGGGAUGUUAGGCAUUUGCCACCACAUCUGCUUUAUCUGGUGCUGCUAGACCAGCGGUCUGCCAACUGAGCCAUAGCUUUGUCCCUUAGUCCCUGUCUUGAUACAGCAUUUGGGGUUUGGACCUUCUGUGAAGGGCAUUCCACCCUGCAGUUCCAGCACACAAGCCCCUAGACAGGCUUGCUCCUAUACCUGGGUGUCCUUCUGGUCCCCAAGUUCUUAGAAGGAAGAGAUCAAUUGGACAUGGUGGUUCAUAGCUGUCAUCCCAGUGUUUGGGAAGCUGAGGUGGGAGAACUAUUUCAAGUUCCAUGCCAGUCAGGGCAACACAGUGAAAUACGAAUAAACCAAUAAAAGAAAACCUGGGUCAACUCCUAUGCCCCAGAGUGGGGAAGGCUUUUUGCUUUCCCAUGGGAUUGGUGGGUUUUGUUUGGUAGUUGAAUCUUGACUGUUGAGUUGAAAUCCAUAUAAAAUUAGACAGCUUUUGUUGAUAGGGUUUUUUUUGUUUGUUUGUUUUUUUGGUUGACUGAAUUUGACAAAGAUAGAAUUUUACUGUGUAGCCCUGACUAGCCUUGAACUUGUAGCUAUUCCUCCCUGAAUCUCAGCCAAGAGUAAGGUGUGAACCACCACUCACAAGUUUAGACUGUUGUUUUUGUGGCUUGGUUUCAGGAUCCCUCCCACUGAGCCUAGAGCAUUCUUAUGCUUCAACCCCAUGUCUCUGGGACCAUAGGUGGCACCCUACCAUGCCAUCUCUCCAGCCACUUUUUUGUGUUUUUUAUGCUUUGCUGGGGUGGAACUUGUGUAUGCCAGGCACACCUUCCUCCCUGAGGUGCACUGCAGCUGCUCCCUCAAGUCACUAUCGAAACCUCUCAAGACCUCAAUGCUAAGAGGACUCCAGGGCAGAGCCACUGUCCUUCCUGAGAGGAUUUGGAUUCCAACUGUGUGUCCAUCCUCCACACCUGUGCAUAUCUGCCUUUGCAAUUCAGCCUAAACUGGAUUUCAGGUAGAUUCUGCUCAUCCUUCGUCAACCUGAAGGUCUCAGAACAGACCAGUGUCCUGGGUCCUCCUCACCAGCCAGUCUCUGGAGAGGGCUGUGCUAGUUGAGUCCUCAUGCUUUACUAAUGUGUGUCGGUGGUUGCUCCACAAAGGAAGAGCUGCCCUGUGACAGCAGGUGUCCCCAUCUGGGAGAUUUGAGUCUGUCAGCAGCCUGUCCUGAGCUGUUUGAGAAAUUACCCCAGAGGUUGAGGAGUGACUGUAAAGGGAUAGCUACUCAUGAGGGUGGCCUUCCGUGCCCAAGUAACAAAAACCUUACAGCCAGGCAAAGUGUGGCAUAUAACUAUGGUCCCAGCACUUAAGAGAUAGAGUCAAGAGGCGUUCAAGUCAUCCUCAGGCCAGUCUGGGCUAUACAAGACCAUCUUUUUUUAAAAAAAAAAAAAAAAAAAAAAAAAAAUGAAAUGAGCUGGAGAAGUGGUUCAGCUGUUAGGAGGAAUUACUGCUCUCCCAGAGGACCUGAGUUACUUCCCAGCAUGCACGUCAGGCAGCUCACAACCACCUGUAACUCCAGCUCCACGGGUCUGACACCCUCUUCUGGCCUCUACAGUUACUCGAACACUUACAGGAUAUACACAUAAUUAAAGGUAAACCUAUAAAAAAGCUCCUAGACCCAAGUCAAGUCAUUUCUUCUAUCCCCAGAACCCAUGUAAAAAGUCAAGUAUGAGUUGGCAAGAUGACUGUCUCAGAGGGUAAAGGCACUUACUCUCAAACCUAACAACUGAGUUAUCCUCUGACCUCCACAUGUACAUCAUAGCAUGCAGACCCACAAUUGCACACGUUUUAAAAACCAAUAAAGAAACGGGCGUGGUGGCUUAAGUUUGUGAUCCCAGCACUGAGGACAUGGAGACAGGUGAUCUUGGAGCUCAGUGGCCACCUGGCUGAGACCUGACACACCUGUGUACACACAACGUGCACCAGAAACCUCAGAAGUCGUCUGGUUCUAGAGAAUGCAGUCUUCCAGAAGAAUCCAUUGAAGCUAGGCAUUGUAUAAAUGGGACAUAGCUGCUCCAAGGUGUGGUGGAUAUGAGGGAGAGGACAGCCAAAGGCAUCUGGAAGAGUCCAGAGCAGGGAGAGAGUGGUAGGUGGAAAGUGGCCAGCAGACUGAGCAGGACCAUAAGAGGAGAGGGGGAGAGCAAGAGAGGAAAGAUGAUUGAGAGGGGGACCAAGGGCGUGAACACCCAGAGUGACAGGUAUGUAAAGAGAGGAGAAGCCCAUGAGCUGGGCAAGUUUAGGGUAAGGGGUUGGGGUGGGCAGAGCUCCAUGUAGUUACGAAACAGGAAGCCUGGAAGACAGCUUGUACUUCGCUGUGCUGUUUCCUUGGACCUGACAGGCAUAGUGGCACAUGCCUUUAAUUCCAGCACUUGGAAGGCAGGGGCAGGUGGAUUUCUGUGAUUUUAAGGCUAGCCUGGUCUACAUAAUUCCUGGACAGCCAGAGCUAUAUAGUGAGACCAUUUCAAAAACAAAAAAGGAUCCGUUGCUCUGCAUGUCACCCAAGGCUGGGUCCCCACUCUGGUGGAAGUUCAGUGCAUCACUCACCUCUAGAGCACACCUCAUAGUUUCCAUAUAGCUGUGAUGACAGGUGUCUUCCCAUGCUGCCCUGAAGGAUUAGGCACAAACUGCUCUAGAGUGUUGCUGUGACCCGGAAGUGCAUCUCUGUCCUCGUCUGUAUGUUUGCCCCUGGGGGCAGGGACAUGCUGCUCCUACGUUGGCCACCAGAGGUCAGGACAAGCCCAGGAGCCAAAAACAGCUCAGCAUGUCCUACCAAGUAGGGACCCUGGAGGCCUCGGCCUGAAUUGAAAAUAACCAGACUGAAGGCUGGCUGAGGGUGGAAAGUAGGGGGAAGAAAUGGAGAGAUGGCUCUGAGAUUAAGAGCACUGAUAUUCUUCCAGAAGAGCUGGGUUUGAUUUCCAGCACCCCCGUGGUAGCUCAGAUCCAUUUGUAACUCCAAUCCCCAGGGAUGUGGUAGUCUACAAAACACUCAUACACAGGAAGUAAUUAUAUAUAAAAAUUAAUUUUUUUCAAAACAAUUUCUCUGUGUAGCCUUGACUGUCCUGGAACUUGCUCUGUAGACCAAGCCUGGCCUUAAACACAGAGAUUCACCUGCUUCUGCCUCCCGAGUGCUGAGAUUAAAGGCAUGUGUUACCAUGCACAGCUAAAUAACAAUUGACAAUUGUUGGGUUGUUUUGUUGUUGUUUUGGGUUUUGUUUUGUUUUUUGCAUUUUGAGACAGGGUUUCUCUGUGUAACACCCCUGGCUGUCCUGGAACUUGCUCUAUAGACCAGGCUGGCCUCAAAUUCACUGAGAUCUGCCUGCUUCUGCCUCCCAAGUGCUGAGAUUAAAGGCGUGCACCAGCACCACCUGGCCACAAUUUUUUUUUUUUCCGAGACAGGGUUUCUCUAUGUAGUUUUGGCCUUUCCUGGGACUCACUUGGUAGCCCAGGCUGGCCUCGAACUCACAGAGAUCCGCCUGACUCUGCCUCCCGAGUGCUGGGAUUAAAGGCGUGCGCCACCACCGCCCGGCCCAAUUUUUUAAAAUAAAAUAAAGGAAGGGGAAAUCUUGGGACAUGGGAAGGAAAAGAAACUUGUCACUCUUGAAUGUGAGUGAAGCCUCUUGCCAGAGGAAAGCAAGAAUUCCAGCCUAACUACAUUCUCCCUUCCCAGGUAUAACCUGUGAUUUCCUCAGGAUCUCAUUAUACAUCUCAUCACAUAUACAGGGACAGGACUUGAGGAUGUACUGACCCCUGUGCAGCUCUGAUGGCCCUGGCUUCACUUCAUCAGAUUAUAACCUCACCCAAGGUUUCUGCAGAGCCACCUCACAUCUCCUUUCAGAUGAGCAAGAAGGAGCCUGCAAGAUGGUUCAACCUCCAGGACCUACAUGGUAGAGGAGGGAACUGGCCCCUGCAACUUGUCACCUGACCUCUGUUCACACUGUAGCAGACACACACACACACACACACACACACACACACACACACACACACACACACACACAAAUUAAUAAUGACAUGUAUAGGGCUUUUGUUGUUUAAACAGAAUCUCAGCAUGUAGUCCUAGCUGGCCUGGCUCUCACAACAUCCCCCUGCCUCUGCUUCCUGAGUAGUAGGGUUAAAGAUAUGUGCCAUCACACCCAGCAUUAAAGAUUUAUUUUUAUUCUUAUUCAUGUGGAUAUUUGUGUGUCUGUCAUGUGUGAGUGCAUUGCCUCAGAAAGCCAGAAGAGGGCAUCAAAUUCCUUUGGAACUGGAGUUGUAGGCCGUUAUAAACCAAGUGCUCUGGAAAAGCCCUGUGUGCUAACUGCGGAGCAGUCUCUGCAGCCCAGCACAUGUCAUUUUAUAAAAAAAGAGAAAAGGGAGAAAAACAGUUUCUUGGCAACAUGCUAAAAUGAUACAGAUAUUUAAUGCUCCAUGUGACCCUCUGCCCUCUCUGGCCUAAGAGGUCAUGUACAGGCAUAUAUAUACCCACACAGAUGUGCACACAGACAUGAUAAUAAUAAAAUUUUCAAAGCCGUAUCUUUAAUUUUUGUUAGUAUUUUAUUUAUUUGUUGUCACAUGGACUUUGUAGCCCUAGCUAGCCUGAAACUUGCUCUGUAGACCAGACUAACCUUAAAUUCAUAGCGGUUACCUGCCUCUUGCCUCUUGAGUCCUGGGAUUAAUGAUGUAUGCCAUGGUGCCCAGCUUAAAAAAUACGUAUCUUUAUAAAUACAUAUCUUUAAUAAAAUUUCCAACUCUGAUUCAUAAACUGGUCAGUCAUGGAACUCUUUUCAUUGUCGAAGCCACAAACUCCAGCCUGAGUCAAGAUCCCUGAAAGUCCAGGAGGACUGCUCAAGCUGAUGAGGGUGGCAGUGUGGGGCUGUCUCUGUCACCUCACUACAGACAUGUCCAGGCUCUCACCUUAUCCACAGGGCUUUGGGGUGAAUGUCCCCUCCCACCCUCUCAGUUCCCUGUGACUCUCCAAUCAGCUAAGAAAAGGCUCAGGGCUUCCCAGGCAUUACGGCACCACUUCAGUGACUGGACAGACAUUUGCAGAACAGCUCUGUGCCAAGGCAUGGGGAAAAUGACUGGGGACUCUAUAGACACACCAGGCCACCUUCCUCAGAUAGGGGACUUUGAAAUACAUAUGUUGUUAUUGAGGAAGUACAUGUGGCGGUGGUCAGAGGACAACUCAGUGUAGUCCACUCUCCUCCCACCUUUAUUAGGGGGCUUCGGGGAUCAAACUCAGAUCAUCAGGCUUGUUUGCAGAUGCUCUAUCCUCUGAGCCUUCCCCCAGCCCCAGAGGGGACAUGGAACUUCCAGCAGUGGGGCCUGUCUGUAAUAAGGGCCCAACACCACUGGGGACAAAUAACGGGUCGAAGAGGAGACAUCUCUUUUCCAAGCCAGUUAUCCUGGCAUUGCAGAAGUGGAGGUAGGAGGAUCAGGAGUUCUUGGGAUCCCCAGUUACACAGAGAAUUUAGGUCAGCCUGGCUCCAUGAGACCCUGCCUCACAUUUUGGGACUGGAAGAAGCUAGAGAGAUGGCUCUGCUGUUAAGAGCAUUUACUGCUCUUGCAGAAGACUGGAGUUUGGUUUCUAGCACCCACAUGGGUGAUCACAACCACCUGUAACUCUAGCUAAGAUAUCUUUUUCUGGCCUCCUUGGCCACCCUCAGACAUGUGCACAAACAUACAUGUAUACAUAAAUAAAAAUUAAAUCUUACUUUUUUAA